CGAUUUCUAGGUUUUAUGCUAAAACGCAUUUCAAGCCUCGACCCGACGAAGGCCUGAGGCAUUUAAAUCCACAGACACUACCCCGCCGGGCGAGGGGAAUCGAUCGAAAGCUGCACAAUCCGAACAAUCAUGGCGGAUUCUUCUGAUUCUGAUCAAUAGAGACACUCCUCAACUUACAUCUCACAGGCGUCGCUAUAUAUAUAUAUAUAUAUAUGUGCAGAUAGAGAAUUCACUGAGCUGGAAACAUGAGAUCAGUUUCGAGCCUAGUUUUUUUGUUGCUGUACUUCACAUUGAGCGUGCUUCAACAGCAAUCGGAGUCUGCACCUCAAGCCUUUCGGAGAGACCCGGGGCAUCCUCAGUGGCAUCACGGAGCCUUUCAAGACGUCAAAGAUAGUGUCCGAUCCGACGUCCGUAGCAUGCUUCAUUCCCGCGCCGAGGUUCCUUUUCAGGUACCACUCGAAGUAAAUGUUGUCCUGAUUGGUUUCAGUGGUGAUGGUGGCUAUAGAUAUACUAUUGAUGCACACAAGUUGGAAGAGUUUCUAAGAGUCAGCUUCCCUUCUCACAGGCCAUCAUGCCUAGAGACAGGCCAGCCCCUUGAUGUUGAGCAUCACAUAGUCUACAAUGUAUUUCCUGCUGGGCAACCAGAACUGAUAGAACUUGAGAAGGCACUCAGGGAAGCAAUGGUUCCUGCCGGAACUGCUAGAGAGGUCGAUUUUGGGAGAGAGGUCCCUGCUUUUGAUGUGGAUGCAACAGCCGUAGAGCCAGUGUUCCAGAAUCUUUAUUCCUACAUAUUUGACAUGGAAAGUGGGAGAUAUUCUACAGAAGAGACAGACAGACCUGUUCCAAGUGCAAUAUUUAUUAUCAAUUUUGACAAGGUCAGGAUGGACCCUAGGAAGAAGGAUAUUGAUCUUGAUAGUCUAACAUAUGGAAAACUUCCUGAGCUAACUGAGGAAGAGAUGAAGAAACAGGAGGGAGAUUAUGUUUAUCGUUAUCGUUAUAGUGGAGGGGGUGCCUCUCAGGUUUGGCUGAGCUCUGGAAGAUUUGCUGUAAUCGACCUCUCAGCAGGUCCUUGCACAUAUGGAAAGAUUGAAACUGAAGAAGGCAGCGUUAGUUCCAGAACACUUCCCAGGUUACGGAAAGUUAUUUUUCCAAGAGGUUUUGUUGUACCUAAUGAUCAUUCCAUGGAGGAUAUUUUUUUUGGAGAAGUGGCUGCUCUGGUUGCAACUACGGUUGAACAUGUCAUAGCUCCUGAUGUUAGGUUUGAAAUUGUUGAUACAACUACAAGGUUGCUUAUACCAAUCAUUGUCCUCCAAAAUCAUAACCGAUACAGUAUCAUGAAUAAAGGGCAUAACUACAGCAUAGAUAUUGAAGCGAUUGAAGCUGAGAUAAAGAAGAUGGUUCACCAAGGGCAGGACGUAGUGAUGAUAGGGGGUUCCAAUGCAUUACAUCGCCAUGAGAAAUUGGCUAUUGCUCUUUCAAAAGCAAUGCGAAGCCAUUCUCUUCAAGAGGCUAAGAAUGAUGGACGCUUUCAUGUUCAUACAAAGACUUAUUUAGAUGGAGCUAUUCUUAAAGAGGAGAUGGAACGAUCCACUGAUAUGCUUGCUGCAGGUUUACUUGAGAUGUCUGACCCAUCCCUUUCUAGUAAAUUUUUCCUUCGCCAGCAUUGGAUGGAUGAAUCUGAUGGUUCAAGUGAUUCAAUACUGAAGCAUAAACCUCUUUGGGCUACUUAUAGCACCAAACGUGGAAAGGACAAGAGACGGAAAAUUGGAAAGAAACUUGGCGAUCUCCACCGGACUUAUGGAACAAGGGUCAUCCCUGUUUUUGUUCUCUCACUGGCUGAUGUGGAUCCUCACCUUAUGAUGGAAGAUGAAAGUCUUGUUUGGACAAGUAAUGAUGUUGUUAUUGUACUUCAGCAUCAAAAUGAAAACAUACCCUUAAGUUAUGUCUCAGAAACGGAGAGAAGGCAAGCCAUUCCAUCACAAGUGCAGCGUCAUAUAUUGGCAGGGCUAACUUCUGUUGUGGGUGGAAUAAGCGCACCUUAUGAGAAGGCUUCUCAUGUACAUGAAAGGCCAGUUGUGAAUUGGUUGUGGGCCACUGGUUGCCAUCCAUUUGGACCAUUCUCAAAUACUUCCCAAGUUAGCCAAAUGCUUCAGGAUGUUGCAUUGAGGAACACAAUAUAUGCACGUGUAGAUUCUGCUCUUCAUCGAAUUCGAGAUACAUCAGAGACAGUUCAAUCUUUUGCAGCAGAAUAUCUGAAAACCCCUCUUGGUGAACCGGUGAAAGGCAAAAGGAACAAGUCAAGCACUGAGCUGUGGUUGGAGAAGUUCUACAAAAAGACAACAAACCUCCCAGAACCAUUUCCACACGAACUAGUCGAAAGAUUAGCGAAAUACUUAAAUAGCCUUGAAGAACAGCUUGUAGAUCUGUCUUCCCUGUUAUAUGACCAUCGCUUACAAGAUGCAAACUUGAAUAGCACAGAGAUUCUCCAGAGCUCCAUCUUUACACAGCAGUACGUAGAACACGUAUUGGCCAGCGAGAAGGAGAAAAUGAAAUGUUGCAAUAUUCAGUACAAAUUUCCAGUGCACACCUCCCAGAAUUUCAUAUAUGCUGGAAUUCUUCUUGCUGGAUUCUUUGUAUAUUUUCUUGUCAUUUUCUUUUCAUCUCCUGUGCGUUGAUGGAACAAAAUCUCUAGAUUUAGCCAAAAUGUACUUUGGAUUUUGUCUUCGCUCAUUUUAAUCAGUUACUCCUGCAGGAAAAUGCAUGUCCCCGGCGAAUUACAUUAUACACCCAAAAGUGUAAUAUUUUAACACAGGAAAAAAAGCGUAUCUUUUAGUUUUAAAUGUCAGAACUUCUUUUGCAAAA